UCAUUCCACAUUUGUCUGUCGUGACAGCCGGGCGUAUACAAUGUUAAUUAUUAAAUUAUUACUCUUUAGUGCCUGUUUGUUACCAACAGUCUUAGGAUUUACAGUGCCUUAUCCGAAAAUCGAAGCAAUUUAUCCUAAAGGAUUCAAAGUAUCAUUACCAGAUGACGGAUACUCGUUCUUUGGCUUUCGUGGUAAUCUGAACAAAGAACUGGAUGGUUUAGAAUUAGGGCAAUAUACGAAAGAUGUACCUUUACCUAUCAACGGUCAAUGGAUAUAUAAAGAAAACAAGCCCAAAUUAAUGCUCGGUGAUACAAUUAAUUAUUGGACUUUUGUGUUGAAGAAUGGAGUCAGAAAUAUCCAGCAAGGAUCAUGGACUAUCACAGAGUUUGUUAAUAAUGCGGGAAUGCCCGUGGAUGAGAGUGGCAAGCCAACCAUAAGAAUCACUACACCGCCAUCUAACGUCGUUGAUUCUAAGUUUGGUGAAGUUACACCAAAACCAGACGUGACUGUCACCACAGCAUCGUCGUGUCAAGAGUCACAAACCGCAGUUUUUGGACGGACGAAAAUUUGUAAAGGCGAACUUCUUUUCGCUGAGGAAUUUGAUAAGAGAAGUAUUAAGGAGUUAACUCAAUGGGAUCCAGAGGUCAAGUUCCCACAAGAGCCGGACUAUCCAUUCAGCGUAUAUAUGACGGAUUCUUUGGGACUUGAAGACGGAAUUCUAUCUAUAUCCCCAUUGCUUUUGCAGUCUAAAUAUAACGAAGAUAUAAUUAAUGAACGUUUAGAUUUAGCCAACUCAUGUACAGGUCGGAUGGGAACGAGAGAGUGUGCUCAGGUCGCGUCCGGGUUCCUCAUCCUCCCCCCUGUCAUCACAGGCAAACUGACAACCAAGAAUAAGUUCAAUUUCAAGUUCGGCAGAGUUGAAAUCAGAGCCAAACUAACAGAAGGAAACUGGCUAUUACCAGAGAUAACGUUGGAACCACGUGACAGCGUGUACGGUAACCAACACUACGAAUCUGGUCUCAUCAGAGUAGCCUUCGCCAAAGGGAACGCGGUCUUCGCGAAGAAGUUGUUAGGCGGACCUGUACUCGCCGACUCCGAGCCAUAUCGCUCAUUCAACAUGAAGGAGAAGACUGGAAUCUACAACUGGUACAAGGACUUCCAUAAUUACAGCAUGGUGUGGAAACCAGAUGGUCUAGAGUUGUUGGUAGACGGCGAACUGUACGGUACUGUGGACCCUGGCGAGGGAUUCUUCUCGUCUGGUUUGAAGCACUCGGUGAAGCACGCAACACAAUGGGCCCGUGGUACUGCUAUGGCACCUCUUGAUGAGAUGUUUUACGUGGCUCUUGGUCUUCGUGUUGGCGGCGUCAAUGACUUCUCUGAUGAUUCCAUUAAACCUUGGAAAAACAGGAACAGUAAAGCGAUGUUAAACUUCUGGAACGCAAAAGACAGCUGGUACCCGACCUGGUCAGACGCUGCGGUCAAAGUGGACUACGUCAGAGUGUACGCUUUGUAAUUGUUGUACGUUAGUGAAAUAAAAGUUUGUUUUGUUA